AUUGAUAAAACUCUAAGAACAAACAUAUGUGGUUGGGUUUAGUAACAAUGCAUGAUAAAGAAAUAGCCACAUAUGGAGAGGAAACGACAAACAAUAAUGAGUCAGAAAGCAAGCUAUCUAUCAAUAUUACGGAACAUCAAGAAAUUCCAAUCUUCUCUUCAGUAAAAUAUUGUCCUUUUCAAUUCUUAGACUUUACACACUCAAAAGAUAAUAAAAUAAUUACAGAGACAGCUUCCACCUCCAAAUCAAAGCCCACUACCUGUCAAUCUGCUACAGAGUUGUAAACCCUUUCUCUUCACAAGCUUCCAAAAGGGUUCUUCACAUGUUUUUGUUUGCAGUGAAUAGAUAAAUCAUUUCUACACUCUGAUUACAGUUGGUCCUAACACCAACUACUCACGGGCUCAUUAUAUGCAUAUCUCAAGAUCUAUUAUUGCAGAAUAAUAAUAUUAAUAAUAUAUAAUCCCUACUGUGAUGUGAUAUGCACUUGGAUAGAUUAUCAAGUACCAACCAUAACUCUACUUGAUGUUCUUGUAGAAGCUUCUCCUAUGUUUGCUGCUAUGGCUCCAACCAUUUUUCUCCUUCUUGCAACUUUUUUUGCUUCCCUGUUUUCUGUUCUUGCUCAAUCUGAAAAUCCUAUUUCUAGUAUCAGUGUUGUUGGUGUUGUUUAUUGUGAUACUUGCUCCACCAACUCUUUCUCCAGAAACAGCUACUUCUUGCCAGGUGUGGAUGUUCAUAUACGAUGCACGUUCAAAGCAACUUCACCAAAAACAGCAGAGCAGAUAAAUUUCUCAGUUAACAGAACAACAGAUAAAUAUGGGAUAUACAAGCUAGAAAUACCACAUGUAGAUGGAGUUGAUUGUGUAGAUGGUUCAUCAAUUGAAACUUUAUGCCAAGCAAGUUUAAUUGAGAGUUCAUCUUCAGCUUGUAAUGUUCCUGGUCUAAAAACAACAACAAAUGAGGUAUCUGUCAAGUCAAAACAAGAUAAUCACUGCAUUUACAGCUUAAAUGCAUUGAGUUACAGACCAGUCAAAAAAAAUAUUACCUUGUGUGGGAACUACAAAGAAGAAUUAUCAAAUUCCUUUAAUUCUUCAAAAUUCUUUCUUCCUUUUUUCCCACCAUAUGGUUUUCCUUGGCCACCUCUGGCUCCAUUCCCUUUUCCACCGGCUUUUAAUUUAGGAGAUCCAAGAACUUGGAUACCUCGUAUUCCACCAUUUCCACCAACACCAUCUGUUUCUGAACCACCUCCUCCACCGGCUUUUAAUUUAGGAGAUCCAAGAACUUGGAUACCUCGUAUUCCACCAUUUCCACCAACACCAUCUGUUUCUGAACCACCUCCUCCACCGGCUUUUAAUUUAGGAGAUCCAAGAACCUGGAUACCUCAUAUUCCUCCAUCCACAGCAGCUCCUCCUCCUCCACCUGCUUUUAAUCUAAGAGACCCAAGAACUUGGGUUCCUUACUUCCCUCCAUCACCUUCUAACAGACCUCAGAAUCAAAACCCAUAAUAGAUUUCUUAAUUAUAUGAAUGAUUUAUGUUUAAUAUGUUAUAGUUCAGAAUACCAUGAGCUUUUUUUAUGUAUAAUUAAAAACAGAUGAGUACAGAAAUAGUAUGUCCUCAAUAACGUCAUUAUAGCUAUCAUUUACUUGAUCUAGUUGGAAGAAUUGUAUAUAGACAGCUGUUUCAUAUGUUCCCAACAAAUGAAUUCCAUAAGUUUGUGGAAUUCAUUCAGAAUUUCAUGUUUUUAUGUUUCGUGUGAAAGAAAAUAUUCAUUUGCUCUCAUAAAUAA